GUGAACUUGAAACAGACAAAAUACAUUGAAAAUGAUGAAUACAGACACUUACAAACCGCAAAUAGGAUUAAUCAUGUUGGCACUAAUAGCUCCGAUGGAGAUAGUGUGUAAUAAUUCGACUUAUAUGACGUCACUACACAGGAGUCUUUUACACGGAUACAAAACAGCUGUCCGGCCUGGAAAUAACUACUCGAAUAAAUCAUUUCCGCUAAACGCGUCUUUUGGAUUACUUCUAAUAAAAUCAUUUGAAGAACUUAAAAGUCGAUUCUCCAUCGUUGGUACAUUCUUUAUAUCUUGGUAUGAUGAGCGAUUGACCUGGGACCCCAGCAAAUAUGACGGUAUAUCGACGAUGCAUUUCCUCGAAAAGGACGUAUGGAUACCUCCACUGAGGUACUCGAUAGCAUAUACUAAUAACGAUUUACUUGGAGACCCGCUCAGCAUUCUGUCUUUUAGCAGUGACGGUAUAGCUAAGUGGGAGUUAUCAAAUAUCUUUGAUACUGUCUGUAACGCUGAUAUAUCAUAUUAUCCGUUCGAUAAUCAAACCUGUGAGAUACGCCUGUUUGUGGAUGGGUAUGAUUAUCGAGAGAUACAUGUACACACUAGACAAAAUACUGCUGACCUAACAUACUAUAUUGAGAACUCUGAGUGGGAACUGAUUAUCAUCGACGUUAACGCAAAACCAGACAGUCUAAUGUUACAAUUUUCAUUAAAAAGGCGAUCUGCGUUCAUAGUAGUAAAUAUGAUGCUACCCCUUCUGUCCUUGUGUAUACUCAACAUGUUUGUAUUUGUUCUGCCGGUAGAUUCUGGCGAACGGGUAGGGUUCUCCAUUACGAUAUUGUUAUCCAUUUCUGUGUUCAUGUCCAUAGUUUCGGAUUUAUUGCCAAACGCAUCAUCACCAAAUAUUGCUAUAUUCUGCUAUUUGCUGUUGUUAGAUGUGAUUAUUAGUGGUCUCAUCAGUAUCUGUACCAUUCUCAGCAUUAAACUGUACACUAAACCGAAGAUGGAAUGUAUUCCCAUAUUCCUUUGUAUACUCCAAAAAUGUCUCAAUGGAAAGAAAUCGACGGUUGGCGUAGUCCCUUAUGAUGCCAGACUGUCUACUGUCACACUGGAUGAAACUAACCAUGUCGACAAAAAUGAGUGUAAAGAAGAAAAGGCUGCAGAUGUUGGAAUAUCGUGGACAGACAUUGGACAUGCUUUUGACAAAGUUUGUAUUUUUAUGUUUUCAAUUUUGCUGACAACUGUCCAUGUUACCUUCUUUCUGAUCAUGACAGUGAGAUAGAUGUUUACAAUUUUACAAAAGUAUGUGUACAAUUUCCGUUUUUCUACUGUU